AUGGCUGUCGGCAAGAGCAAGAAGAUGGGCAAAAAGGGCACCAAGAAGAAGGCCGUCGAUCCUUUCACCCGCAAGGACUGGUACGAUGUGAAGGCUCCAUCCGUGUUCGCCACCCGUCAGGUCGGAAAGACCCUCGUCAAUAAGACCGUUGGAACGAAGAUUGCCGCUGAUGGUCUUCGUGGCCGUGUCUACGAGGUUUCCCUCGGUGACCUCAACAACUCCGAGUCGGAUUUCCGCAAAUUCCGCUUGGUCUGUGAAGAGGUCCAGGGCAAGAACUGCCUUACCAACUUCCACGGAAUGAGCUUCACCCGCGAUAAGCUGUGCUCCAUCGUCAAGAAGUGGCACACAAUGAUCGAGGGCAAUGUUGCUGUGAAGACGACUGACGGGUACCUUCUCCGAGUGUUCUGCAUUGGAUUCACGAAGCGUCAGCCCAGCCAGGCCUCCAAGACUACCUACGCCAAGGCCUCAAAGGUUCGCGCCAUCCGCGCCAAGAUGAUCCAGCACAUCCAGAAGGAGAUCUCCGCCUCUGACCUGAAGGAGGUUUGCUCCAAGCUGAUCCCCGAUUCGAUCGGCAAGGAUAUUGAGAAGGCUUGCCAGUUCACGUACCCCCUGCAAGAAGUGUACAUCCGAAAGGUCAAGAUCCUGAAGAAGCCGAAAUUCGAGAUGUCCCGCCUGUUGGACGUGCACGGUGACGCCUCGUCUGCCGUUGCCGCUGAUGGCACCAAGAUCGAUCGCCCUGCUGGAUACGAGCCCCCGGUACAAGAAGCCGUA